GUUGUUGUUCUUAGUCUUAUGUAUAAAAGACCUUGUCGAGGAUGGACUGCAGUUUAGUUAAUUUAGAGUGCCCGCGAGCCCAAGUGUAACCACGUUUUGUUGUAAAACUAUUUGAAGAAAAAUGGUGAAAUUAAUGACGAUCCUAGCUUUCUUUGUACUUAUCAUUGCUGCAGUUGCCAACAAGCCUGAUCACGGAAAGCAGCAACAUCAUCAUCAGCAACCGCAACAUACACACGGAAAACAAGUCGUAGGGCAUGGAAAACCAGCACCAGUAGUCAGUCAUGGUCACAGUCAACCCGUAGCUCAUGGACACGAUAGCCAACAUAAAGCUCACGGAUCGAACCAUGGACAGCAACAGCAUGUGAAAUCACAUCAUGAUCAGAAAAAGCAUGGCCAUUAGGUAGAUCUAGUGACGAGGCGCAGCGAAUAAAUUUUAUUAAGUGUUUCCAUCUUCCACGAAAACCAAUUAGUCAAUAAAAGGCUCUGUUCAUGUAAUGAGAUCCAUUGCGGCAGGAGUAAAAAUAUUAUGUCAUAUCACCA